AAAAAUAAUGUUUGAAAUGAAAUAAGUUUAUAAAAAAAUUGUGAGAGCAAAAUGACCCAAACUAACUAGCGAUCAGCGAAGCAGGCAGGCAGCAAAGGGAAGGAACGUAAUGGGCGAAGCAUUGUUCGAUCUUGAACAACUUCUCAUUUCCAAAAGGGCGAAAUUGACACCUGAUGAAGCAAACAUUCUUCAAUCAUGCAAAACUAAUGCUAUAAAAAAUUUCACUGUUUUUUCACUUGUUUCCGGUGCUGCUGCAUGGACAGUAACUGGGAGACUUGGUAAAGCAUUUCAAGUAAACCUUACAGCAGGAGCUGCUGCUUUUUGUGGACUGAGGAUAUUUAGUAGAUCCUUGUAUUCUUCUGCAGAUCACAUUCUUUCACUGGACGGCAGUACAUUACAGAAGGAGUUAGCAAAUAUAUUGGUGACAAAGUACCAACAUGAUCCUUCGCUAAUGAAGCUUAUAUCUAAGCAUUUUUAUUCGGAGAGAUUAUAUGACGAUUCAGCCUCUAAUACUCCUAAAUUAAGAUGGCGAUACCGUAAUUUUUUUAGCGAUAAUGUAAUCAAUGGAAACAAGACACAGGAUCAUGACUCAUAUAAUAAAUCACAAGGCAACUCUCACAAUGAUUCCUAUGCUUCCGAUUCCUUAGAAAAAUCCCAAGGCAAGUCUGAAAAUAUCACUGACAGCAAAAGGACAACUCGUGGUACCAAGCAAAGUUUUAUAAAUCCUGGUUCUGAGGUCUUGUCAGAGGUAGACCCUCUUGAUUGUCUUUUUGGUUAUGGUGCUCCAAUGGAGGAGAAUUUUCAUCCUAAUACCCCAAACAAACCAUCAGGGACGCAUCAUCGAGGCCAUAGAAGACAUCGCCGCAGGCAUCGGAUGCGUGAUCAUGAUGACCUUUCAAACUCAGAGCAUGCAGCAGCUGUUUGAAUGUCAUGUCACCCAACAUUUGCCGAUGUUGAUGUGCGAGGCUAAUGUAAAAUGUGUGCUUUUGAUUUCUAAGCAACAUUCAGAUCUGACCCAUUUCUGCAAAUGGUAUUACUGAACUGAAGAGAGUUCCUAGUGCCUUCAUAAUGAUAUUUGAAUCUAUCUCUCUUUAAAUAAUGCGAUAUUUGAAGAAAUGUCUCAAAUUAUUAUGAGGAUGGCUCUGUUUGAGUUUACUAUAUUGUAUGUAUCAUCAGCUUUUACUUUUUCUCAUA